GACUGAUUGAUUGAUUCAUUAAUUGAUAUUUUCAGUGAGUGAGUGAUCGACAGAAUUCAACUAGUUAUCAUAACUGCACCAAAUGUGAACAUACUCAUACAACACAUACUGGAAUUUCCACGUGUAUCUCCUUCAGUUGAAAACAUUAUCUCUAUCGUCUACAUGUAAUGUAUUUACUCACAUCAGGUUGAAGCAUAGUGGAAAUGCCUUGCAAUUGGCCUAACGAACGAUCACAUUAUUUCCUUGUUCACAUUCCGUUUCAGAUGGCUUGGGCCAAGACCACAGACAUUGGAUGUGGAGUUGCGAGUUGUCCAAGAUACGGUCUAUCAAUCGUGUGUAAUUAUGGUCCAGGUGGCAAUCGGAAUAAUGAGAAACCAUAUGAAGUGAAAUCACGUGAAUUCUGCCCGAAAAUGCAGAAUAUUCGCAAAGACAGGUUUCAAAUGAUGCGUGAUGAUACACUGCGUGCACCAUUAUCAAUAGUGAAUAGCAACCACAAGUUGUCAAGGACCGGUUCAAGUAGAAGUAGAGUUCACGACCAACGCAAACACGAUCAACCGAUUUCUAUUAAUGCUUUUCAAUAUAGUCGUCGUAAUACACAGCGUAAUGGGAUAUCCGAAAAGAAAUCUUUAGAAAAGUUUUCAAAGAGCGUUCAUGAUGGACAUGGCAAUGAACAACGACAGCAAAAUGGUAGAAAAGUACGACACAGAAAUUGAUUAAAAUUAUUCGGCAAAUAUAAUUGGUGCCUCCAUAUCUAUUUCACGUAUCUGUUUUCAACUGUGUUUUCACUUCUGUAACACAAAACCUUCUCUCAAUAUAUACUCAUUACUUACUUCCAUUGAUAUGCAGGACUAUUUUGUGUUGAUAUUACUCAAUUAUCUGUAUGUGUGUAGCAAUUAGUCAUAACUUAUAACUUAUAACUGAAUAUAUUUCAUUCAAAUCA